UAAUACGACAAAGAAAUCCAAAUCAAAAUCUACUGUUUUGGGACAUUAACUUGGAACUCAACAACACCAAAAAAUCUCCUCUCUUAUCCACUCCUUUUCACUUUUGUAUACAACCAAUUCAAAAUCCCACUCACAGUUUUGAAAAAGCAGAAGAACUCUCUACAAUGGCUGCAAAUGCUGUAAAUUCCACCCCAUUAAGCCUCCCAUUAUCCAUUCCUACUGGGAAAUUGAAUUCCAGUCCUACAAUUUGCCUUUUAACAAAACCCUCAAUUCCUACUCUCUCAAUUCACUCUACUUUCUCUCUCAGCAACAACAACUUCAGAUUUUAUUCCAAUUUCUCUCUCAGACCUUCUUCUUCUCUUGCUUCAGUUGGAAAUGCAGGAUUUGUGGAGGAACCUUCAACCAAUGUAAAAUUUCCAACGUCCUUAACUCUGCCAGGCUGCUCAACUUCGCUGUCGCUGCUUGGCACAGGUUAUAGAGAGAAAGUAUUUGCAAUCAUUGGUGUUAAGGUCUAUGCUGCAGGACUAUACAUCAAUUCAUCUGUCUCAAAUGAAUUAAAUGCUUGGAGGGGACGAUCAGCUGCUGCAAUUCAGGAGGACUCUUCCUUGUUUGAUAUAAUUUUUCAGUCUCGUUCAGAAAAAUCUUUACAGAUUGUUCUUGUCCGAGACGUCGAUGGAAAAACUUUCUGGGACGCCUUGGAUGAUGCCAUUUCUCCAAGAAUCAAAGCACCAACACCGGAUGAUGAAUCUGCAUUAUCUACCUUUCGUAGCAUCUUUGAGGGACGAUCUCUUAAGAAAGGAACUUUCAUAUUCUUGACUUGGUUGGAACCUCCAAAGAUGCUCGUUAGCAUCUCGAUAGAUGGCUCACCAACAGGAAUAGAUGCUACAAUUGAAUCAAAUAAUGUGACUUCGUCUCUUUUUGAUGUUUUUUUCGGAGACUCUCCUGUUUCUCCUACUUUGAAGGCUUCUGUUGCAACUGGAUUGGCUGCAGUUUUGAAAUAGAACCACAAUUUUCUUGUACUUUUAUUAGUUUGAAUGAAGAUUUGGAUAUGGUUCCACCAAAAAAGUUACAAAUGAGAGAUUGCAAUAAGUGUAAUACAAGUUAGAGAAGGGACUGACUCAAGAAUCCGUUACAUUGCUAUUUGACCUUAUCUGCUCAAGCACUUUAACAACCUCUGCCAUUGUUGGACGCUGAGCGGGUUCCGGUUCAAGACACUUCAAUGCAAUGCUAAAUACGACAUUAACCUCAUCAACCGGACAACAGCCCAAACGACGGUCAACGCUUGUAAAGGAGCAAUGCUAUGAAGAUCUUCGACACGACAAAAGCGAUGCAACUGAUUGUGACAUAGAAUGCUAUAGCCUGGCCUUUAUCCAUUUGAUUAUGCAGACCAUGAAAAAAUUCAGAACAGUUUACAUGGAAGACAACCUCAAACUUGUCACAUUUCCUCCAUUUAACUCUCCAUGAAAGUACAAGUUGACUUUCUUUUCAACAUAUUUCUGAGUUUCAGUGAGCUAAAGUAGCUGAAGGCUUUUCUCUGCUACAAAUGUAAGAUACAGAAAAAACUUAAUAACACCAAUACAGAGAUGACAUUAGCAACCACAAUCUCCAAGAUCCAUGUGGUUGGGCCAGUUUUCGAAAGACACAGAACAUUUUUCAUGAAUUUUUCUGGACAAAAAGGAACUUCAAGAAUGGAGCUUAAAACAAAGAAGCAAAAAGGACUUGGUCCAUCAAGAGAAUGCAAGAUUUCAACAGAGAAACAUAACAAAAACCAAAGCCAAAAAGAGAAAAGUGCUGUAUAAAUAAACUUACCGCAUCUUCAUCAGUUGUGGCAUGAACAGGAAUGGAAAGAAGAACAAGAAAUAAGAUGCAUAAUUGCAAGAAGAUAACAGCUUUGCUUCAGAGACUUAUAAAUGGGAAAGGAAGAGAAGAAAGAGUUCAUAUCAUGAUUGGCUUAUGUGACAAAAAAAAAAAAA